AUGUUCUCAAAUCCGACGGCAGGAUGGGAGCAAAGCGGAAAAGCGACCUGGGAACGCCGCUUGCAUGCCGAGUCCCCGGCUGGCUCGGCGCCCCGCUUGCUGUCGCCCGCGCUCCGCCUCGCCGGGGCUCCUGCCGCGUUCCGGCCGGCCCGGGCCCCGCGGCCCCGCGGCCCCGGGGCACCGACCGCGGCCGGGGCUGCCGCAGCGCGGGGGGCUGGGAGCGGCCACAGGGACAGCGGCGGUAAAGGCGGCAGCAGCGGCGGCGGCGGGGGCGGUAAAAGCGGGAGCAGCGGCAGCAGCGGCAGCAGCGGGAGCAGUAAAAUCAGCAGCAGUGGCAGCAGUGGCAGCAGCAAAGUCAGCGGCAGUGGUACCAGUGGCAGCAGUAAAAUCAGUAGAAGCAACAGCAGUGGCACCAGUGGCAGCAGCGGGAGCGGUAAAAGCGGCAGCAGCGGGAGCGGUAGAAGCAGUAGAAGCAAUAGCAGUGGCAGCAGUAGAAGCAGUGGCAGCGGCAGCAGUAAAAUCAGUAGAAGCAACAGCAGCGGCAGCAGUAAAGUCAGCAGCAGUGGCAGCAGCGGCAGCAGCGGGAGCGGUAAAAGCGGGAGCAGCGGGAGCGGUAAAAGCGGCAGCAGCGGCAGCAGUAGAAGCAGUAGCAGUGGCAGCAGUGGCAGCAGUAAAAUCAGUGGAAGCAAUAGCAGUGGCAGCAGUAAAGUCAGUGGCAGUGGCACCAGUGGCAGCAGUAAAAUCAGUAGAAGCAACAGCAGCGGCAGCAGUAAAGUCAGCAGCAGUGGCAGCAGCGGGAGCGGUAAAAGCGGCAGUAGCGGCAGCAGUAGAAGCAGUAGAAGCAAUAGCAGUGGCAGCAGUAAAAUCAGUGGCAGCGGCAGCAGUAAAAUCAGUGGCAGUGGCAGCAGUGGCAGCAGUAAAAUCAGUAGAAGCAAUAGCAGUGGCAGCAGUGGUAGCAGCGGGAGCGGUAAAAGCGGCAGCAGCGGGAGCAGCGGCAGCAGUAAAGUCAGCAGCAGUGGCACCAGUGGCAGCAGCGGGAGCGGUAGAAGCAGUAGAAGCAAUAGCAGUGGCAGCAGUAGAGUCAGUAGCAGUGGCAGCAGUAAAAUCAGCAGCAGCGGUGGCAGCAGCCCGGGCGCUGAUGUCCCUGCGCUCCUCGGCGGCUGCGGGUGA